GCAUAUUCUCUAAACGACCUAGUCAAACAAUAUAUGUGAUACUAACAGUCGCUAAUAAUGUGUAACGUUAAUAUGUUUGUUGGAAAUCCCCAUCAUCUCCCCUCCACAUUCCGCUGUUUGGAUCAUUCCGUCUCGAGGCCUGCGCGAGAGAAGGGAGUGUUUUCCCCGUCAUACACAGAAGUUCUAGUUGUCAGGCUAAUUUUUUUUCCCCAGAACUUUACUAAUUGUAUUUAAGACAGGCCGAUUGUACCACUGGGGUUAACACUAUUUUGGUAAUAAGUCCAGUUUUCUAACUCAGUUUGUUUUUUCUCGUCACGACAGCGGGCUAGCCUCGUUAGCCAAGUUAGCUCGCUAGCCGGAGUACGGAGACCUCAUAAUGCCUACGCUGCGGGACAGCACAAUGUCCCACCCCGGAGAAAACCCUCACCAGGUCCGGGUAAAAGCAUACUAUAGAGGGGACAUCAUGAUCACACAUUUUGAGCCCUCCAUCUCCUAUGAGGGUCUGUGCAAUGAGGUGCGGGACAUGUGCUCCAUGGACAAUGACCAGCUCUUCACCAUGAAAUGGAUUGAUGAAGAAGGGGAUCCGUGCACCGUUUCUUCUCAGCUGGAGCUGGAGGAGGCCUUACGUCUCUAUGAACUCAACAAAGACUCAGAGCUCAUUAUUCACGUGUUUCCGUGUAUACCUGAGAAGCCUGGCAUGCCCUGUCCUGGAGAAGACAAAUCCAUUUACCGUCGUGGAGCUCGACGCUGGAGGAAACUUUACUAUGCCAGUGGACAUGCGUUUCAGGCCAAGCGCUUUAAUAGGCGUGCUCAUUGUGCCAUCUGCACAGAUCGUAUCUGGGGCCUGGGCAGGCAGGGGUACAAGUGCAUAAACUGUAAACUGCUGGUUCAUAAGAAAUGCCAUAAAUUGGUGACAGUGGAGUGUGGUAGACAGGUAAUACAGGACCCAAUGAUUGGAAGAAUCGAUCCUGGGUCCAGUCCAUCAGAGCAUGCUGAUCAAGUUCUAGACAAAAAGAACUCAACGGAAAGUAUCAAUCACGAGGGAGAGGAACAUGAGGCUGUGGGCAGUCGGGAGUCCGGGAAGGCUGUGUCCAGUUUGGGGCUUAUAGACUUUGACCUGCUCCGAGUGAUUGGCAGGGGCAGCUACGCCAAGGUGCUGCUGGUGCGCCUCAAAAAGACAGAGCGCAUCUACGCCAUGAAGGUGGUGAAGAAGGAGCUUGUGAACGAUGAUGAGGAUAUUGACUGGGUUCAAACAGAAAAGCAUGUAUUUGAGCAGGCUUCCAACCAUCCCUUCUUAGUGGGACUUCACUCCUGCUUCCAGACAGAGAGCAGGCUAUUCUUUGUAAUUGAGUACGUGAAUGGAGGGGAUCUCAUGUUCCACAUGCAGCGACAGAGAAAACUUCCAGAAGAGCAUGCCAGGUUUUACUCAGCAGAGAUCAGUCUUGCCUUGAACUACCUCCAUGAGCGUGGCAUUAUUUACCGGGACCUGAAACUGGACAAUGUUCUGCUGGAGUCAGAGGGACACAUCAAACUCACUGAUUACGGCAUGUGUAAGGAGGGACUGAGACCAGGAGACACGACCAGCACUUUCUGUGGAACCCCCAAUUACAUUGCACCUGAGAUUCUGAGAGGAGAAGACUACGGUUUUAGUGUGGACUGGUGGGCACUGGGCGUCCUGAUGUUUGAGAUGAUGGCUGGGAGGUCACCCUUUGACAUAGUUGGCAGCUCUGAUAACCCUGACCAAAACACAGAAGAUUAUCUUUUCCAAGUAAUUUUGGAGAAGCAGAUCAGAAUUCCCAGAUCAUUAUCGGUUAAAGCCGCUAGUGUGCUAAAGGGAUUCCUUAACAAGGAGCCAAAGGAGCGUCUCGGAUGUCAUCCUCAGACAGGCUUUGCAGACAUAAUGGGCCAUCCUUUUUUCCGAAAUGUAGACUGGGAUCUUAUGGAGCAGAAGCAAGUGGUCCCACCCUUCAAGCCCAACAUCUCUGGCGAGUUUGGGCUGGACAACUUUGAUGCCCAGUUCACUAAUGAACCCAUUCAGCUCACGCCUGACGAUGAUGAUGCUGUAAAGAAGAUCGACCAGUCUGAGUUUGAAGGCUUUGAGUACAUCAACCCUCUGCUGAUGUCGGCGGAGGAGUGUGUGUGAAUGGCCUGUCUGUUUCUGUCGCGUGCAUAUCAUCGCUGCCUUUAUUUGCAUGGUCACAAACAAUCGCAAGAAAGGAAACGACAACCUGACUUCAUUUUGUUGGGACCAGAUGGAGCAUUAACUUUGCCAAACCUCUUUCACUUUCUGCCAUUUAUAACCACUAGUCCUUAAGUAAAAAAAAAAAAAAGAAAAAGAAAACUUGAUUAUUUUUGUCAUCAGCACUGAUGAAAUGAAACUUAUCAGUGUCUUUAUUUGUUGACGAACGUAGUUGGAAUGUCAGUUUUAAGUUUCUGGACACUGCAAACUAAAGGAAAAGAAUGACUGAUGGUACGCAGGACCUCUUAAUAUCUGAUACACCUUUUAUUUGUAUAUAUUAAAGAGAAUCCAUUGAGACAUAUAGUAAGCCAUUUUUAAACUCUAUACCACAUGGGAUAUUCUUGAAAACUUUUUUUUUCUGAUUAUCUAUUCUGCAUCUCCUCAGAAAAAAAUAUAGUGUAAGGAAGAAAAAUACUUUUCAUUGUUUUUUUAUUAUUAUUUAAAAAUACUGUCAUCUAUAUAAAAUGUGCACAAUGUAAUGAAUCAGAGUUUUCCAUAAGUUUUAAGAUGAUUUAGGCAUGUGGCCUCACUUUUGAUUGAAGUGGUAUUAAGUUUGUUUGUACGGAGAAGGGAACACUAAUGAACACUGUUGUAAAUACUCAAACUGUGAAUGGAGAAGUUUUCUGUAUAGAGACGGAAGGAGGGAGAAAUUAGACAUGAAAUACAACAGCUGUCUUCAACACAGGAGCAGAAUAAGACACUAAAACUAAUGUUCCUGUCAGUGGUUUCCAUACGGACGAGGUCAAAGUAUGUUAUUACUUUUCAACUGCUGCAUGUAUAAAGUAUUUCUCGCCAUUUUUCUUCUUUUAUAUCUUGCUUUUUAUGUUAAAUGUGAUUGCCUUUCUGUUUAAGAUAUUCAGUUUAUGUAUUUUUUUAUAUUGAACAAAUUGAAUCUCAAUGGACAAGUGUUCAUUGUUUCUCAUUAUAGUCAUAAAGAAGCUUUUUUUUUUUGGUUUGUUGAUUUUGUCCCUGUGGGUGAUUUCUAUUUAGAUCAGAUACAUGAUGUACUAAGGGGUCAUGGAACCCUUCACAGACCCAUCAAUGGCACCCAGUUUUUCGGGUGGUGCGUUUUAAAUGACCAAAUGAUGACUUUAAACACAGGCUACUCGUACACAGGAUUGCCCUCUCAUUCCUCGCCAUGCAUGCAUCAACUUGCUUAUAUUUUCACAGAUGUUCACACUGGUUUCGAGCUGUGACGAGCUUAUUAGCAACCUGGUGUUAGAAAUGAAUGAAUUGCUUUAAGCCCUCUAUGCAUUCCCAGAAAAAAGUAAACUGUGCUAAUAUGCUUUAAAGAAGCAUCAGGGGGCUGAAGUGGACCUGUUUUUUUUUUUCUUUCUAUGUUUUGUGUAUUAUUAUGCACAUUAAAAACACUAUCAAUUGACUGGAAUGAACUGUAACACUUUUUGUUAACACAAUUAAAGUAUUUAAGGAAACUCA